AUGGAGAGACAGAGGCCGGUAGAGAAGCAGGCGGACUCUAAUAGAAUUGUAACCGCCGCCACCACCCCCACUACAUCAGCUCCUGUAACCAUGGCAACAGUCAGCUCCAGCUGCACCACUUGCACCCAGGCGCCCUCAGCUUCCCUCAGCAUCGUCCCAUCCGACAGACAGGCGGUCCAGGUGAUCCAGCAUGCUAUCCACAGACCUCAGAGCAUGGCGGCCCAGUACCUGCACCAGAUGUACGCAGCCCAGCAGCAGCACCUCAUGCUGCAGACAGCCGCCCUGCAGCAGCGGCCUCCGACUCCAUCCACUGGCAGCUUGGUUCAACCUGCAGGUGUUUCCCAAAGCUCUAUCACUUUACCAGCAUCUCCGGUGACCGCCCAGCUGAUUGGCCGCACCCACACAUCCAACUCCACCACUACUGCCACCACAUUGUCCCAGCAGGCCAUGCUCCUGGGAAACAGACCAGCUAACUGUAACCAGGCUCAGAUGUACCUCCGAACUCAGAUGCUAAUUCUGACUCCUGCAGCUCCGGUGGCUGCAGUUCAAUCAGACCUCCCUGCUGUCACCUCCUGCUCCUCUUUACCUACCUCCUCCCAGGUUCAGAAUCUGGCUCUGCGUGCCCACUUACCUGGGGCUCUGGCUACAGCCCACGGUGUCAUCUUAAAGCCGUCCACCCAGCCGCAUGCCCUGUCUUCAUCCGCCUCUUUGUCCAAGACGUCAAUCUGCGCUCUGAAGACCAACCAGCUGAUUGACUCCUCGACUGAGACCAGUCAGUGUGGACCCCACAUCAUGAGCCGAGCCUUUUCUCCAGUGCAGACCCACGCUCUGGUCAAGCAGCAGCUGUCGUGGCCAUCCGGCCAGCGGGUGGCGCACCACCAGCUCAUCCUGCAGCAGACCACGGCAGGCGCCCUGAACCACAGACACCUCCAGCCCAUCGCCCUCAGAGUAGCCCCCCAGGAAGCAAACUCCCACCAUCUUCCUCUUCCUCUAAAAAGACUGACCACUCCCAGCACCCACACCCCCUCUUCUUCUCCAUUAUCAUCCUCUUCUUCAUCCAUCACCAGCGUAUUUGCAUCAUCAGCUCAGAACUCAAUCCCAGCUGCCACCGUCCAGCCUCAGCCUCCUCCUCUGGUGGCCGCGCCGCAGAGACGAACCUUAUUCCCACAAGUGCAGAAUCAGCCUCCGCCUCCUCCUCCGCCUCUGGUUCUCCCCAGGCUGCCCCAGAACCCCCCCGCCUCGCUUCAGAGGCUGUCCCUGCACUCGGUCCGGGCCAUGUCCGCCCAGUCGGGGCAGGUGCUGCUGACAGAGCAGGAGCUGCCUGUAGCGGAGACCCUCCUCCAGAUGUCCUACCGGAACCGACCCCCUCCUCAGACGGUGGCUGUUGACCUGAAAAUGCAUGUGGUCCGACGUGAUGACAAUCCACCAUCGGGGCAAACGUGCAAAGAGAACAGACUGAACCCAGAGGAGAAGAAAGACAGAUGUUCUGCAAGUCGACAGAGAGACAGGACCCCCACAUCCCUCAUUGUGACUCCUAAGCAAAAUGGUGCAGUGAUGGGUUCGUCCCCUGUCGUCUCCAGCCGCUCAGUGAUCAAGUCACCACAGGUGGUGGAGUCCUCCCAGCUCACCACGACCAGCAGCAAUGGCAGCAUCCCUCCUCCUCCUCCACCUUCCCCUCUACCUCCUCCCAUCCUUCCUACCACAGUCAGAGGCCCCAGCCAGCCUCCCUCCGCCCCAGCCAGCCUCCCAGGAACCCCCGACAGGAUCCUGACCACCCAGGUCCUCACACACCUCAUAGAGGGCUUCGUCAUCAGAGAGGGCCUGGAGCCAUUCCCAGUGGGUCCUUCCUCGCUCUUAGGGGACCAGCAGGCUUCACUUCCAGAGUCACAGGAGACACACACCAACGGGAACGCAGCAGCAGAGGACAGUCCUCUGGAUGCUGACCUGUCAGACUCCACAGACUCAGAGAUGGACAACGAUGAGCACACAGCAGAUGAGCUGGGCGAGAGCGUGGCGGCGGUGUUGCAGUGUGAAUACUGCGGGAGCAGAGGUUACGCUCAGACGUUUCUUCGCUCCAAACGCUUCUGCUCCAUGAAGUGUGUCAGAAGGUUCAGUGUGAGCUGCACCAAGCGUGUCACCGUGCUGCGAGCCGGCCGCUGGGGUCACAGGCCGAUGGGCAGGAGGGGACGACCUCCCAGCAGAGGCAACGGAGCCUCCAGAGAACAUCUCCUGAGACAGGCUCAUGGGUCAUACCAGGAGGAAGAGGAGGAGGAGGAGGAAGAGGGAGACGAUCCUCCCAUUCCCAUGAAGACCAGGUUAAGGAAGCAAGUUGAGAGAGCCCGAGAGAGGGAGAGAGAGCAGAGGAUUCCAGAAGCGAUCAGUGUUUCUGACGGAGAUGAUGACGUCGGCCGUCCGUCCCAGUGGAACGUGCAACAAGUGUUUUCUUAUAUCAACUCUCUGCCAGGCGGUCGAGUCGUAGCUGAAGAGUUUCGCUCGCAGGAAAUCGACGGUCAGGCUCUGCUGCUUCUCACCGAGGAUCACCUGGUCAGCACCAUGAACCUGAAACUGGGACCUGCACUCAAACUCUGCGCCCACAUCAACUCUCUGAAAGAUGCAUGAGCCUGUUACAUUUCUAUUCGGGACCAGGUCAAAGAAAAACAGUUUUUCGGGCUGAUUUCUGAUUCCAUUGGUUAAAAGAUGGAGCAGAAUGUGAAUUGAUCUGAAAUCCUGGACGCACAGAUUUUCCAGAAACCACUGCCACGGAUUUCUCUCCCGACACCUGCAGCUGCUUCCAGUUGUUCGUCAGAUUGAAGUCCACUCAGAGAGAUGAGCAGUUUGAUUCUAUUACCUCUGGUCAUUCCAUCGUAGUGAUUGUAGCUCCACUUAUCCAUUUGUUUCAAAAUGGUUCCAGAAAAUCUUUGUAUCAUUUGUAAACAAGCGAUCAACUUAAAAUGUACAUUGUUACACAAAGGUUGCUGUGUGAUCUUCAAGGUUUUCAAAACUGAUGGUUGCCUAAU